UCACUUAUCAUGUUAAUUAUCAAAAUAAUUGUUAUUUGUAUUCCUAUGUUUUAACUGUCCAUGCUGCUGUUUAUAUUGCUGCUUAACAUAUCAUAAGCACUUAAAAAGUGCUUCUUUUUUUGUCUGUGUUUUAUUGGAUUAGAAAAGCAUAUUGCAAAUCUUUCUCUCUUUAUUAAUUUGGAUUUUCCCAUGUUAUGUUCCCUUAAACAAUAAUGUGCAGUGUGAUGUCUCCCAUCAAAAUGAUUGUUCAUAUUUUUUUUUUAAAUUCACACUUGCAAUUAAGACACAUUCUCAUUUUCAUUGAUAAGGUGAAAAGCAUUAAUGAGAUGUUAGCAGUUUUAGUGUAAGUCUUGUGAAAUGGAAAAUGGCUGUUUUAACACGUUGCAAUUGCAACAUGAUUAUUAAUCUGACGACGUAAGGUUUCUAAAGGCCUUAUAUUCUGAAACUGGAGAUUUGGGACAAUGGGGAUACUUUAUUGGAAAAGCAAUACCAUUGUUUAAGAAAGAAAGAAAAAAAAAAUUACUUUCCAGUUUAUUGUCCAGUGUGCUGACAGUGUAUCCAUUUUCUCGUAUGUAAAUAUAUAUUCAAAAAAAAAGUAUACAGUGAUCAAGGGGGAUCCUAUUUGCUAUCAUUUCAUUCAACAUUCUAGCUUGAUUUGGUUUGUAUCUCGGUAAUUUUCAGUGAAACUUUUAUGCCUUACAUCAAGCAUUUUUUUUCCACUAACUGUAAUUAUGUCUAACGCUAUGGCUGUUGUGUUUUACUAUUGCAUUUGGCUUUGGUUAUUCCUUUUGAACCUUAUAUUAUCUUUGUAGUGUUUAUUUUUCUGUGUUUACUAUUAAGGCUGAUUAUUCGUCAUUGUUUGCAUAGCACAUAUCAAUAUAAAGGGUAUCAAGAAAUGACAUCUAAUGCCUCUCACACAUGAACGAUCAGUAGUUUGCCAUCUCUAGUCAGGUACAAUGGUGGCCACAUAAAUCUCUAUUACAUUAACUGCCAAUAAAUUACUGUAUUAUUGGCAUUGUUUUUGAAAUGUGGCAUUACCUUCAAGAGUAGUCUAAAACAAGGCCUAAAUGGUUAGCAUUAUUUUCCCUGCCUGUAAGUGACAUCAGACAGAAAGAAAAUCAUUUUAAAGACAGAGCAGGUUAUGUUAAAAGGUUAUGAAGAGAAACAUUUUUGUUCAGAAAACACCAGGAAUGUCUAUUGAGAAAGUGAACGUGUCAAUUUUGAUUGCAUGUUUACUUUGAUGUUAUAAAUUAGGCUAUUUAACCAUUUUGGAUCACCAUAUGUUGAUUAGAAAAUGUUGAUUCGCAUUGUUACAUUAGUCUGUAAUGACAUCCAGAAGACUGAGAAAUAUGGUGUUCAUAUAAACCUACAGUUUACAGUGAGCCAAUUGUAACGGAGACCAGCUUUGGUGAACUGCUUAAUUCGGAAUCCAUUUUCAUGGGUUGAAGUGUGUUUGAUGGUGGACUGAUGUUGCAGAUUGGGGGUCAAGUGUGAUGUGUGGAGAAAGAACUGAAGCAUUUGUCGGUGUAUCACUAUCUGAUCUUUUUAAGGAUUCUCAUGACUUCCUGUUUCUAUCCUCCUUUUGCUGAUGCUAUGAUUUUUUUUCCUUUUUUUUCUUUCUUUCUAUUUUUUUUUUAAAUUUGGCAGUUGCCAUGGACAUCUGUACCAACAUGAUAAGACUGUAAUUGUACCAACAUCUGCUCCAGGGUUCAAAUAAUUUUGAAGACCAUCACAUGAACAGUCAAAUGGUCCAUCUUUGGUCCAAUAUCUUUGUGAUUCAGUUAAAUCGGCAUAGAAAAACGGCUGUCACAUGGCUCUUUUUCACUCCCACUUAUGUCCUUUUACAAUUUUACACCAAAUAUAAUGCAAUAUGACUAAAGUUAAUAAAAAUGACUGAAGAGUUGGUUUAAAAUGGGGAAAUAUGCAUAAUGAGUCAUAUAAAUUAACAUAGGGAUUUACACCUGAAGGGGGCAAAUGGUAUAGAAUUAGUUAUUUCCCAAGUGUGUGAUGCUUGUGAUAUUUAUUCAAAUUGAUGUUUUCAAGUGUACUGAAUGUGUUAUUUGGAAAAUAUGCGUUAUAUUUCACUAAAGCGUGUCAAGAAGCAAAAUCUCUAGAUGCCAAUAUCACUAACAUGUAAGAAGGACCUUUUGAAUCAAUUGUACGAUAUCAUUUACAAAAUUGAGAACAUCGGCACAGUUGAGGCCAUUUCACAGUGCACCAACAAAUAAAGAGAAACAAAACAUAUGAGCUUGCAUGUUUGUGGAAUUUCAGUUUAAUACAUUUGCACAUGCAAUUCUCAUAUAUGCAGAGUAUAAUGGGAGUCUGAUUUAAAAGGAGGCACUGAAUCACAGAAAACAUCAGCAGAGCUAUGUGAUCUAUGUUCAUGUGUUUUUAUAGUAAUGGUAUUCAAAAUCAAGCAAAAUAAAUGUAUUAUUGAUACAAAACCUACACUAUCUGGACCUUUAGAGACCCUCUAUGGGUGGUAAUCAUAUAAGUCUACAACGGGUCUAAGCUGCUAAUAUGUGUUUAUGGCAUUUGAUUGAAUACCAGUACCUGGAAAGCCAAUUAGUAGUAAUUUGCACAAAAGCAGGAGAAAUGUGAUUGUUAAUAAGUAGUGACUCAGAAGUGCCAUUUACCAUUUGAGAUAUUCAGUAACAAAAAUGUCAAUGAGCAAAAUAAACCAAAAAAUAAAAAAAAACAUCCACAGUAUAAAUCAGAGGUAUCCCAGACCAAACCUUAAAGUCUGCAUAAUUAGAAAUGGCAUACUAUAUGUUAUAAUACAGAGGAGUAGGACUAAUUUGACAGCAACACAAGAACAAGAGCUUCAUAUAAAGCAGGAAUAUGCAUAACUUUAUGAUUAGAUGGCAAAAGGCCAUAAACACGCAAUUUAAGCUUCUCUCCGGAAGACUUUCUUGGCAUUUUGCCUAAAGAGCGCGGGGUCGUUUCAGGUCAGGCCUGGCGUGUUGUUGUAAAGGAAGUGCAGAGCAUUCGACUCGCUGUAUUUCACUUCCUUGUUUUUCACGUGCCGGAAUCACAUUUGAGAAAUCAGACACUGACAAGACGGCAAAGCAGUGAAAGGUUGAAGUGUAUGUCAGAAAUUAUUUUGUAGGUUUUCAUGCAAACAUAUUUUAUGCAUCUAAAAUGCACAAGGAGUUGCCAUGCACGCUCACUGAGGAUCAGUCUGAACAGGGCGACUUUGAAGAUUCUGCAUGAGGUUAGAUUGUGGCCGGAACGAAAUGAAAUGAGUGGCUAACGACUGACCUCUUCCGCUGCACCACCACCACCAGCAACCUGUAGCAUCUAACCAGUGCCUCUUCACCAGCCUGAUACACAACGCACCCACAUACACACAAUUACCUAACAGAACACCAUCAGACUGAUCUGAGCUGGAUGGAGAUGGUUGUCGCAUCUGUCAUUUUGCCCCGGAAGACUUGGAAUAAUAAUAUUUUUUGCAUAAAUCGUGACAUCAGGUGCAAGGGGAUGACCGAACGCAUUCACCACAUUAAUCUCCACAACUUUAGCAAUUCUGUACUUGAGACCCUCAAUGAGCAGCGAAACCGCGGGCACUUCUGUGACGUGACUGUUCGGAUCCAUGGUAGCAUGCUGCGAGCUCACCGUUGUGUGCUGGCUGCAGGCAGCCCCUUCUUUCAGGACAAGCUGCUCCUGGGCUACAGUGACAUCGAGAUCCCCUCUGUGGUUUCUGUACAGUCCGUCCAGAAACUGAUUGACUUCAUGUACAGCGGUGUGCUGCGGGUCUCCCAGUCCGAGGCCCUGCAGAUCCUCACAGCUGCCAGCAUACUUCAGAUCAAGACCGUUAUCGACGAGUGCACCCGCAUUGUUUCACAAAAUGUUGGCAUUGGUGGAUCUGGCAGCUUUUCCGUCGUCCCAGGCGACUCGGGGCAAGAGACGCCACGGGGAACUCCUGAGUCUGGCACGUCUGGUCCCAGUAGUGAUGCCGAAUCAGGCUACAUGCAAACAUCUCACCAGAGCCUUGACCGUGUUUAUUCCUCGCUUUAUUCCAGCUGUUCUGGGUUGGGCCUGCAAAACGGUACCCGUGGAAAUCGCUCCCACUAUGCCAGUGCCGCGGUAACAGCCAGCUACGACUCACCUCUUCCACUACAGCAGAAGGAGGGAGGGCAGGACCCUGCCUGGAUCACACGCAUCCACGAGCGUUCGCAGCAGAUGGAGCGCUUCCUGGCCACGUCGGAGACUACACACUGCCGUAAACAGCCUCGUCCCGUGAGGCUCCACACAGGUGAUAUUCACAUCAAGCAGGAGCAAGGGGACGAGUACAACUGCUACGGGCUUGAGGACUGCCGUGAGGACAGCGAACAGCUGGAGUGCGUCGAAAGUGAGCCCAAAGGUGAGAGCUUUGACUCCGGCGUCAGCUCUUCCAUUGGCACGGAAACGGAUUCUGUCGAGCAGCCUUUCUUGUCUGGGUUUGCUCGAGACAACUGUCCAAAUAAAGGCCAGCAAGGUGAGCGUGGAACCCCUGUGCAGAUCGAGGUCAACGAUUCAUCUCCCGAGCAGACUCAAGAGUCGGUUGAAGACGGGAAUAGAAAUGGUCCUUCUCAAGAGAGUGGUGAGCUUGGAAUCCAUCAGCCGCCACAAGCCAACCUGGCAUCACCCCAGUCCAUGCCUGGUGGGCCAUACCUGCGGCCAGGUGAGCCACUUACCAGCAACCUGCGUAUGCCCCUCACCCUGACCAGCAACACCCAGGUAAUGGGAACUGCAGGCAACACUUACUUGCCUACACUCUUUGCAACCCAGUCAGCCAGCGACAACAAGCCUUUCCUCUUCAGUCUGCCCCAGUCCAUUGGGAGUCAGCAGCCCCAAUUUGUGGCGGUGCCCUCUCCCAGCAUGCCUCCAUUCUCCAGCGGACUGACGGUGCCACCAGGUGGAAGUCAGCAGCAAGGUGGUGCUGCAGUGGGACAGCAUGGGGAGAAGAAGCCCUACGCAUGCACUCUUUGUUGUAAGACCUUUACUGCCAAACAAAACUACGUGAAACACAUGUUUGUGCACACAGGUGAAAAGCCGCACCAGUGCAGUAUCUGCUGGCGUUCGUUUUCGCUGAAGGAUUAUCUCAUCAAACACAUGGUUACACAUACAGGCGUUCGAGCAUACCAGUGCAGCAUCUGCAACAAACGCUUCACCCAGAAGAGCUCACUCAACGUCCACAUGCGCUUGCACCGUGGAGAGAAGUCCUACGAGUGCUACAUCUGCAAGAAGAAGUUCUCCCACAAGACCCUGCUGGAGCGCCACAUGGCCCUGCACAGCACUGAAACCGGGGUCUCCGGGGUCAGUGCCGCCGGGACCGCUGGAGGCCCCGCGUCCAUCCCGGUUCCGAUUGCGGUUCCCGAGCCAGGAGCGGGAGUGGUGGCUCUCGCCAUGCCGGUGGGAGCGGGCGGAGCAGGGGCCGGAGUCGGAAGCACCGGAGUGGGCGUUGCUGCGGAAGCGAGCUGCCAGGAGGGGACCACCUACAUGUGUUCCGUGUGCCCUGUCAAGUUUGACCAAAUCGAGCACUUCAAUGACCACAUGCGCAAGCAUGUCUCCGACGGAUAAGUACAAAUAAAAAAAAAAACUUGCGUAAACAUGAAAAAGAAUGAAAUGAUAACGAAAACGGCACUAGAUUUUUUUUCUUAUAUUGGGGCAUGAAGAGUAAUGAGUAUAGACACUGGCACAUUAAGUUUUCUAGAAAAAAAAAGAAGCGUUUAAUUUCUUUUCUUUUUUUGUCCUUGCUAUUCUUAAAGAAUAAAAAAAGAUGGUGGCCUUAAGGCUGUGUAGUUGGAUAAUGAUCCACUGGCUGGAUCCAUACUACUGGCCUCUAAAUGUAUGCUUUCCUUAAAUACUGAUUUAUGUGUUGAACACUACCGAAAGGCCUGCGAAAGAACACACAAGAAAAAAAAAUUCACAUGCGCACACACACUCAGACAUACACACAAACACAAAUACACAUACCCAUGCAUGCACUCACACGCACAAACUACUUAUACACACUUAUAUAUGGUAGAGGUAUUUUGUACGUAUGUGUAUUUGUGCAUGUGAGCGUGCGUGUGCACAAAAAUAAAUAUUGCAGUGAAUUUUUUAAACUUGUAGAUCUUUUCCCAUGUAGACCGUAUUGGACACUAUAAGCGUCCAAGCUUACUGUGGUAUAGAUUCAAAAAAAAAAAAAAGAGAGAUUUGGCUCUAGAUUCAUUCUAAAAUAAUGAUGGUCACGUGUUUGCCUUUUUAUGUGCGAUAAGAAUAGGAGAGUUGUUCAAUUUGACACUGGGUUUUUAUUUAUUAUUAUGGCAUUGAGGGAUUAUGAUGUUGAUGUUGUCAAGGUACAAGCCAGUUUUACUAACUGUACUAAAAUGGGAAUUUUUGAGUGGCUUGAUGAAUGAAUGAUUAUUAUGAUUAUGACAUUUUCCUUUUCUCCCACCACACUUUUUUUUUCCUAUGGUUCAGGUCAAGUUUACAAAAAAAAAGAAGAGUUUAUCAAUCACAGUAUUCGAGCAAAAACUUUGAAUGCCGUUAAUAAUUUCCAAUUCGUUUUGCAUACACUGCCACUAAGAAGACGACUGUUAGUUGACCUCUUCCGCUUCAAAACGAAAUGUGAUAUAAAGUUGUGAGCAACUGAUUUGUUGUUUUCAUUUGCUCCAUGUUUUUUUUUUAUUAUAAUUUUUUUUUUUUGACAAAAAGAAAAAAGGAAAAUGGCAGAUUUUAGUAUGCAAACAGGCCCAAAAUCCAAGUUAAUUGCUGCUCCUCGCGUGCUCACUUUGAGACUGUUAUCAGCUGUAGAAUCCAACAUUAUGUGGAUAUUUCUCAAAUUAUUAUUAUUUCUCAGUGAACAUGGGAAACGUUAAGCUAUUUGGAGCCAUGGGCUAGAUUAGAUCAAAAGCGAACUGGACAGAAAUAACCUCCUAAAUGCAUAAAAAUUAUGUAUUUCCUGUUAGCGGCGACUACUAUGACUCAGUUGUUUGGGCCGGUGGGGUGACUAAAAUGCACUACUCCUGUUCCUAAUGCCCCACCUAGUGGCUCAAACAGCCGUCCUUGUUUUUUGCCUGAUGGGAUAUACACAUGGGGCGAGAGAGCAGGCGAAGGAUAUAGGGACGCAAGGCAACAGAAAAAGAAACAUCUACUGAACCACAAUAAAUUCAACACAGUCAUUCUUCUUUAAUAUACCACAGGGAGAAAACUCUCCAAACAAUAAGAAACAUUCCCAAUUUUACCGAUAUCUAGACAUUGUGUGUGUACUUCGGAAGUGAGUUGAGAAGGUUGUAUUUUUGGUGUUAUGUCACUCAGAAGCUCUGUGUUCAUAUUUGGCUUUGUUAUACACGUAUUUUAUGGAUAUAAAAAGACUCAUCUGCCGUGCAACUGCAAUCUGGCAAUUUUGCUCACUUAUCUGAGUAGAAACACUUUUGAAGUGUAGUUAAAAUUAUGACAAAAUGUAUCGAUCACAAUUUAUUUAGACUUUUUCCAUUUUGGAAUUUGGUCGCAUAAGUUGUAGGUUUGAAAAACAGUGCUACUUUGCACAUUUACUUCAAAAUCCUGUGCUUAAACAUUGAAUUGUUUUACUUAAGAAAUUAAAUUCUAUGGUUUUCUUUUUUUUUUUUUCAUUGUUUAUAAAGGAAAUAUCUUUUCUUAAAAGCUUGAUAAGAGGACUGCAUUGUUUUCUUGCAUAUAUGUUGCACUGCUUAAACCAAUAAGUGCACUACUGUUACCAGAGAUGUUCUAGUUUUUAGAGAUAAUCAUUUUUUAUCAAAUAUUUGGUUCUAUAGUUCACUUGUGUUUGAGUAGCUUUGUUCUUUUUUUGAUUAGAUGAUUAAAUUUUCUCUUGGCUUUGUUAUCAUCACUUGCUAUUGUAUUUACUUUGUGCUGUUUAUGCAAGCAUUUUUUUCUUCUUUAUUUAUAUUUAAACCAUUGUGAGCUUAUCCCUGGUCAGAUCCUAAUGAUGUAUUGCUUACACCACUUCCAUCCCUUCCCCCAUCCCAAGACUAUCCCAAUGCAGUUAAUUCAUUGAAGCAAAUGCUCGGUUUUCUUCUCAUUCAUACCAAACUAAAAAAAAAAACAACAAAAACAAAACAAACAAACAAACAAAAAAAACAUCAAAAUCACAAAACCACAAAAAAAAAAAAAAAAAAUUGUAGUGUGUGCCUAAAUAUAUGAUAAAUGUCUUUUAGAACAAGUACGUUUAUACGAGAGGGUCGUUGUGCAAAGCUUUUUAGUGCUGUCUAGGGAUCAAGCACAUUUAUGUAUGUGUUUGUAUGAGCAUGUGUGUGUAUAUUCCUCUGGUAUGUCUCUAUGUGUGUGCUGUACAAUUUGUGAUGCCUGAACUGUAGGGCUUCCUUUGCAAUAUGCAGUACAGGUACGGCAACAGUGACAACAUGUUAUUUUACAUACUUAGGAGUGCAUUUGGUAACUUUCUCAAGAACAAUCAUUACUAUUUUCCCUACAAUAAAUGACACAAGGAACAUGAUGCUGUUGCUUUAAGGCCCUUGCUUUAAGUCUGAAUGAUAUGAUCUGGCCUAACCCAGUGCUGUCAAAGUCAAUUCAACGACUUCAAUACACCUGUUGAAUAUCCUGUAUCGUUCUCUAGUGCUUCGAGACCAAACAUCGCUUUUUAACUCAAUUAUGCUGCAAAGUUUGGCCACAGGCUGUGUUGUAUCAGUCUGAGGUGUUGCCUUAGACUAGUGUACGUGUUUGUUGGUCGAUUUUCAGAUCCCAAUCUUGUUUUACUUCAGCUUGGCGUACCAUUUUGACGGUUGUGUUGAGUAGCUAAAUGAUCUGUUGGUGGUUUGUGGUGGUGGUGGUGGUGGUGGUGGUGGUGAUGGUACAGUUGAUAGUCGAAAGAGUCCUGUCUCAUCCAUUUGUAGUUUUGUUAGUUGUGAAUUGUUUGUUGGUUCUAAAUAUCAUUUUUCCCAUUCAGCGACCGUCCGUAUGGAUUUCAACUGCAGCAAUUCACAGAAACGUUAUACCAGAACAUACGUGUCUCUAAAGAAGGGUCAGGCCAGCAUAAACGUUAACAUUUGGACACAUUAAAGCACUUGAUGAGCGCUACCAGAGAGCGGGGUGGGAGGGGGGGACUUACAUUGGCCAUCAGCUGUGUCUUUACAGAUAGCCUUAAUCAUCUUUGACUCAAGCGACCAAAUGCACUAUUGCUUGUGAAGGUGCUGUUGCGAUUUCUAGCGUUUAUUUACCAUAAGGGAUAUAUAUUUAAGAGAAAGUAACCUUGCAAUACAGUAUUGGUAAAUUGUCUAGUGAAGGUUAUGAAGGACAUACAGCUACAUGCAAAUCGCUGAUUUCUCUUGUCAUUUUGGUCUAGAUUCAUUCAGCCAUGCAUUUUAACCAUGCAUGGAGGCAACAGCGUCACCGGUCCUAGUAUCAGGCUUCAUAUAAUAAAGCUGUCUCAUCUCGCUUGUGUUGAAGUGCUAUGAGGCUUUAAUGUCCGAUAUUACUGUUACUCUGUGUUUGUUCAUAUGUAAAAAGGAAAAAGAACAGCGACAAAAAAAUAAAAAAUAAAAAUAACGUUUUAUUUCACAGAGACUUUGUUUAGCCAAAAUUGUGUAGUUUGUGAAAGUGUAAAAAUCUGCACGAAGAUGUUUCGACACAAUUCAGAUGCUUAAAUGUCAUAGUCUACUAUCCAUUGCAUCUAGACUGGACACCGUUCUCGUGGGUAAAAAGCACUAUGACGAUCACUUCUAUGGGUAGUUCAGAUAGACUUUUUACAUUACUUAUAGUAUAUAUUUACAGUUCAUAAAUGUAGAGUUAGCUUUUUAUUUUUGUUUUCUGCUUAAAAUUGUAAUUUUACAAUACAUAUUAAUUUUCUUCAAUGUACAGUAUAGAUACAGCAUUCUCUUUGCUAUUACAGUAAGUUUUUGUUGUAGGACUACCACCUUCUUCUCUCCUUGCUUUUUAACAAAGGUACAUUUAAAAAAAAAAAAAAAAAUCUUAAUUUAUAAAGAUUAUCUAUUCCUAGAGUAUAGGCUUGUGGGCACAGAAAAGACCUUGGAAAACAUCACCAAUAUCUACGUAGGAGCGGAAGAGGUUUUGCUCGCUCGGCAGAGUGAAUAUUACUUGGAACAGUUGAAUGAUUGGUUGUGUUGUAUGCUCAGAGACUAAGCUUUUUCAUAACACGCAAAAUAUAUCAUGCAUCCUAUAAUACUGGUCUGACAAAACCCCAGUCAAAUACUUCAGUCAGAUUCAGUCUGCCCAUUUUCCCCAUCUCCAUAUUUAAACAGUCCGCUUCGAUUUAACAUCGCUGCAUUGAAAUCUUUCAUCUUGCAGUUGUUUUCUUCUUCGAACAAAGACUUAAUCUUCUCUCUACACAAUGGUCAGACUAAUUCAAAACAAGCUAGAGAUUCCAUGUCUUCAUCAGCAUCUACAACAGAUAGUACUGUAACCAAAACAACACCUAACACUGUACAUGUGGAAUUUUACAAUGCCUCUCCUUUGUAGAAGAAAAAAAAAAUGAUGAAGUGCCUCUUUUUACAGAUCCAAGCUUAAUAAAGCUCACAAUAAUACUGUUAUUUUUAUUCUGUAAUAAUAAUACUUCACAAAACAGUAAAAACAAAACAAUAUUCACUGCCUAAAACAAAACACAUACACACACGCACACACAAACAUAGUUUUUCAACUGUCGACAGAUCCCUCUAUGAGGCAAGCAUGAGGACUACCAGCAAUAAUAAUUACAAAAUAGAUCUGAAAUGUCACAAAAAGACUUUGACUUGUAACAUUUAAGGACCACUAACGAGUAAGGGUGUUUUAUUGUGUUUUAACCCCUGAAACCACCAAAAUGAAGCUUAUUUUAUACUACAAUAUACAGUGUUAUAUUGUGUCCAAAGUGCCCCUGAUAAAAUUAAUGAAUAAAAAAAAUGUUUGCAUAUGUUUUAAGUUCAUUUCAUAUUUUUCAAACCUGCCUUUAGAAUUUUAUAAGUCGCAUAUUUUAAAUGCCCUAUUGAAAAUGUCUGCCUUUUCAGUAUGCAUUUUAUUGGACAUUUGUGUAUGUGAACAAAACUAAACAAAAAAAAUUGUUCUUCCUAUUAUAUUUCCUCUUCUUCCUCUCUUCUUCUCGCUCGGUUCUUUCCUAUAGAUGCUGAAUUUGCUUGAGAUGGCGUCUUUCCUUUCAAAGAUGUUAAUGCUAUAUGCUUUUGAGCAGUUGUUGUUAUACAUAAUCAGCAUAAUAUUGUGUGCGCCGUAAUCAAUAUUGCGAUGGUUUAUGUGAAAAGAGGUCAUUGUUGUUCUGUGAUAAUAAGAUUUGCGAGAUUUUACAGACUACUCUGUAAACUAGAGUAUAGAGACACAGUUUUUUGAAGAAUAUAACAGAGAAAAUGAAUACCGUUUUAAUCUUUGUAGUCAGUAGACAAGCAUAUCACGUUCAAUACCAAAUUUAUUUAAUCUUUUUUUUUUUUCGCCAGAGGUUAGAUAUGUAAGCAUGCUUGUGAUUACACACUUUUCUAACACUUCUCUUUCUGCGUUACAGCUCUGAAUGAUAUUCACUAUUGAUUAUAUGAUAUUCUUCUGCUUGUAUCAUAGGCUCAAAUCCAAAGACAAAGCAUUUACUCUAUUUAUGACUACAGAGUUUGUUUGUUUGUUUUUUCAGAAACAAUAGAAAGCUAUACAUAUAUUUACAGGACAAAGUACAAUACAGAUUUUAACAGGAGAAGCAAGCAAACAUAAAAUAUCUUUAGAUGAAUCAUAUAUAUAUAUGUGUGUGUGUGUAUAUAUAUAUAUGAUAUUUCAGAUACAGAUACUGCAGUUUCUUUACUAAUCACACAAGGCAUACUUUUAAUAAUAAUGCUGACUACACCGUUUUAAAAGAUGACGUGCAUGAUUCCCUGAAAACGCAAGUGUGCUCAUGUCAUUUGCAUGUUGAGGAUCACUUUUUCUUGGUCACUGAAACCUGAAAUGAGCCUAGUUAGGAUUUGGAUUGAGGAAACGGCUAGUUUGCAUGCUUUUAGGGACACCCACAGCUUGCGACACAGCCAUUUGCAAAAGUACUCAGUGGAUUGUAUUUAAGGGCCGGAAAGGAAUGGAGGGAGAGGUGGACAGAUGGUGGUGCUUGUGCUGGGCUGAGAGGAAUGGUGACGCCAUUUUUCUUAUGUGUGAGCUACAUGUUUUGUGCUUUCGCUGUCUUCCACAACCACUGUAUACACCUUAAAGCAUCAAUCUGUCCUGUUAAAAUUGAAUCUGAUCUGCCUCUCUGUCAAGGUUGAUACAUUACACCUCAGUUCACCAGUAACAGUGUGUUUUUGUAUAAUUAAUCAAACAAUUAAUCAACUAAACAGUCAAUUCAUGUAACAGAUUUUGUUCUGCUACUGCAGUUCCAGAAUAUAAUGAAGUCAUAAUGAAGAAUUCCUAAACUAAUACAUUUUUUCUUGUGGAAAAUAACCAUGUUGGACUGAAUUCAAGAAUACAUUUUUUUCUAUUAGACACAUUUCUAAUCUUCUACCAGAUGUCUACAAAAGGUUUUCAUUUUGCAUUAUAAGAGAUACUUUUUUACAAUUUAAAAUCGAUUGAUUAUAUGCCUUACAUUUCGUAACAUGAAAUACAUCAAAUGAAAUAUAAAUGUCUAUAAUGAUAGCAUGUUUAGAAUUUAAACUAAAACCACGCUACAAAUUUCUUUGAAUUUUAUUCCGUUUUAAUACCAAAUUUAGCUUAAAUUUACAAUACAUUCUAAAUGAUGGAUGGCCCUGCUGUUACUGGUGAUCUGAGAUAGCUUUAUGGUUUUUGAUGCAUUGAACUUUUGGACUUUUAGAACACAUCGUAGCUGCACAAUUUGAUUUCUGCAUUAAUUCCAGUGGACUGUGUUUGUGGAAGUUAACACAAAUUUGUGUGUGGUUUGCAAUAUACAAGUAUCAUUUCUUAAUGAGAAACAGCAAAUUUGAAACUGUAAAUUAGGCAUAUUUACAUGUAUUCCUUCGGCAGAUACCUUUUGAUUUACAACUAGUGCAUACAGUAGAUUAGUGUAAUAGGUAAAGAUUGAUAAUAUUUGUACCUCUUUGGUCAUAUCUCCUUAAUUUACCUGUUCCAUGGAAUCUUACAUAGUUCACCAUUAAACAAAACAGGAUUUCAGUUCAGCAGAAGAGCAAAUCUAUCCAUUCCAAAGGUUAAUAUUUUGAUUUAUAGUGGUUAUUUGAUUUAGUCUGUUUCCAAAUUCAUUUAGAUUGACCACAAAUCACAGCUUGGAUUUCCCCCCAUUUAUUCAACACACAAGAAUAGAUUUCAUACUAAAUGCUUAGACACUACUCAUUUAGGAAGCACUCACUUCUGAUCAUUCUAACGCCAUUCUUGUCUGUAAUUCUGAUCUGAAUUUUUAUAGAUUUCAGGAACUAUCAUACACUUAAACACUCCUCUAAAAUGUCUAAAUGGUUUAAAUCUAGUGAGCUUUUUCACCCUCGUUCAGUGUAUUAAUUUAUUUUCUUUAACCAAACAUUUUACUUCUUAGAAAUGCAAACUUAACAAAAACUUAAAAAACCUGUCGUCACUGGAAUUUGAACGUUUUUGAGAAUUUAAUAUGGAAAUGCUGAAAUUCAACUGCUCAUUUGAACGCAGAUGUUUAGGGCCACUCAAUUGUAUUAAAAUACAGUGUGUCUACAACAAAACAUUUUUAUUUAAAAAAGGCUUUGGGGAAAUAUGAGAAGUUUCACUUGUUUUUUUUUACUUUAUCCUUUAAUGUUUUAACCUUUAUUUGAACCAUUAUUAUUGUACCAAAAGUGCUAUUGCUUGAGAAACACAAAGCAAACAAAUUGAAUAGUCCAAAGCUUCUAAAGUAAUUUGAACGUAAUUCAUUAAAUUAAGAUUUUUUUAAUAUGUAUAUUUUAUCUUGGACUCCGUAAAAGUUAAGUCAGAGAAGCUAAGUUUGUUAACACCAAAGAAUUAUGCCAUUGUCAAAAGAAACACAAUGCGUAAAACAUCCUGAAGCUGGUUUUGACUAAAAUUUGAUUGAAAUAUUUGCAUCAUUGUUCAUUAUGUGCUAUGAUAACACUGUUGAUGGGUGGAAAAAUACUAAUUUUUCCAUUCUACAUUGACUCCUUCAAUCAGUUUUGGAUUUGUAAAAGUGAAUUCUUUGGCAAAUAUUAUUUGCUUCAGUAAUGUCAAACAUGAAAAUCAAUUGCACUGAUGCAAGAUAAACUGAUUUGCUGUUUUUCCUCAUAUUUUUCUUUCUUCAUUAUUUCAGCUGCUCUGCUUCAUGCAAUGGAUGUUAGGAUUCCCUUGUUAUUUGUCAAGCAUGGACCAAGCGUUUUAUUUAUUGUGUUUGCACGUAACUUUUUUUUUUUUAAGGUUAAUUUACCAAAAGCUGACAUUUAUAGAACAACAAUUCUCCAACAGUGAUUUUUCCAACAUCAAAUUAAAUACUAAAUAAAAUUAGUAAUGGUUUCUUUUCGCAUAAAUCAGUGUGGAAGCACACCAUUAGUACCACCAUUUUAUCUUUAAGGACCAAAUUCUUCUUUUUUUUUUUUUGUAACAUAUAGUGAUAUCAUAUAAUCAAUGUAAAAAAGUAAAAGUGUAAUGUGAAUAUUUGAAUGGAAACACUCAUAUCAUAGUAGAAUUUUACCCCUUGACAAAUAGACAAUGUAGUAAAAUGCCAUGGGAUACUUUACUAGCUUAUUUCUGCUAAUGUAUUUAGCUCUGUUGGUUUAGAUAAACAUUAGGACUUUCAUCCCUAUUUCGUGCUAUGUUUUGUGCUAUUAAACAUUUAGGUGACUACAUAGAAACCAAGCCGAUCUAAAAAUCAAAGUUUUCAAAAAGAUUUGGUAUUUUUCACUGUUUAAAGCCAUAUCUUAAGCCUUGUUUUAUUCUUGCACUAGCACAUAAUUUAUUUUCACAAAUUUCAUUAUCUUGUUUUUCAUAUUGAAACAUUCAAACUGAGCGAAUGUGGAGCUGUUGUAGUAAAGGUAUUAAACAUCUUACAGUAUUCAAACAACAACCUUAAAAUGAAAAUCUUCAGUUGUAAUUUUAAUUUGUGUUUAAAGUUAGUUUGUCCAAUUUCUAUAAUUGUUGUGAAAAAGUUUGUUUGCUUUAUAAUUCCUGCUGUUUAGAGAUAUAGAAUAAGGUUUUUUAGUGUGUGUACAAGGCCAUUUCCUUUUAUUUUUAUAUGUCAAACACUGGACUAGAAUCAUUUUUAAAAAUUUGUUAGAGACAUCAGUCAAGCCAAGUCAAAUUAUAAUUUGAUUUGUAUAGGGCUUUCAUGAACACAAAGCAGCACAGAAUACUUUUUUUUUUUUUUUUUUUUCGACCAACACAUUCAGUUUGUUCAGCUACACAGGAUUGUCUAUACUCAACUGUCUCUAAAAUUGAAUUGACCCCAUUUUUGCAGGGAAAACACCAGUUUUUAAUCACCCUAAUUUUUCCACAAACUUUUUUUUUACUCCACAAAACCUACGAAAAUUUACGAAUUUUAAAGAAAACCCCUCGGCAAACUAACGGCAUUAUAAAAUGUCAAAAGGCAAACCACUUCAGCGAAUACAACAACUGAGAGAAACCACUAAGCAUAAACCACAGUUGAUCCCUGUAGCAAUCCUCAUUGACUUCAACCCAAAUACCACUUCUCAAACCGGAAAAGAAUUUUGCACUAAAAUUAUUCUUGGUCUUCUUUGAUAAAUAGCAAUAGAACACUUCACAUAAACACAAACCAACCAUGUGUAACAACAAAAGCUUUCUGUGCUCUUAAAAGAUGCUAUUUUGUUUUAAAAAGACGUUUGCGCUAUUUGUUUAUAUAGAAACAACAUUGGAGAUGUGUGGUGAUGCUGAGGCUGUAAAGUUGGAUAUUAAUACUGUUAAAGAAAACACAUAUAACAUGUCUGAGUUUGAGGUACAUUAAAGUAUAUGCUUCCUGUUUCCUCUUGUGAUUGUUCUUGAACAAUUUUUUUUUUACAAGCUCUGAGGAAAAGAAGAAGGCUGUCCCAGAAACAUGAAGACACGUUUUUUUGUUUGUUUUUGUUUGUUUUGUUUUUUGUUUUUUUGGUGUUUCAACACUAAUGAAAUAUUUAGAGGGGAAUAUUCACACAGGCCAACUUGCUUGACUCUUGCGAGAGAUGUGAGUCAGAGACCUUCAACUGAAUGCAAACAUAUACUUAUUGCUUCUUGUUAUUAUUAAAUGAGUUUUUGCUGAUCUUUUACAAACACUUUGUCAGUACUACCAUGUUUCUGGGACUGGGAUGUUUUGUCGUUGAUCAAAAGUCACGGUCUGGUUUCUAGCUACGAGUAGGAACGGUUCUUUUGCUUUUCCCGCUGUGACAUCCACACACAUAAUCUACUUAAAGUCAGUAUCCAUAAAGGAAGAAACUGAAACUGGAACAUCGAAAGUUUCCAAUGCCUAACUAUAGGUGAUCAGUAAUAACUUAUAGCAAUUCUACGUAGUGAUGGCUUUUGGUUUCUGGAAAUAGUGGCUUUCCUGUUAAAACUGCUUUGUGGUGUUGUUGAAAGGUGUUGCAGUUUGUCUCAAUAUGUUGCGUGUUAGAGGAAGCAUAAGUAUGUGCCUUCAUGUAAUCUUCUUGGUGAGCUUGUUUUUAUUAAGAAGCUGAAGCCAGCCAGUUGUGUUUGCACUAAAACCAAAUUGCUUUUGUGAUGUUGGUUAUUUGAGCAAGCUUGUUGCGUCACUUUAGCAGUAUGCAUGAGGGUGAUCCUUGGUAAGUUCUAGGGAUAGAGCUUGUGUCUUUUAACUUCUAAACUAGUGCAGCUUAGGAAAUCCCCGGAAUAAUAUCUCUGCUUUGUUCCGUUUUGUUUUGAUCAAAUCAUCCAACGACGUCAUCUUGUCUUGCAGUGGCAUAUUCCAUUUUGAAAAGAAAAACACCAAACGCGCAUACAAACAAAUAUAAUAUUGCAUACCAUACGAUAUUAAGAGUAUUUAACAUGUAUGUGGAAAAGACUGUCACACAUUUCUCUGAAUCAGUGGGAGUGCAUGAGUUCAUGAGGUCGCCUCAAGACUAUUGGUCAUGUUAAUAUUGGUUCUUUUGUGCUAAGUUUUUUUUAACUAAGUAAGUUUGUGUUGCAUUUGUAAUUUAUUUCUGUUUUGUUUAUUGAAACCUAAAAAAGGCCUACAUGCUUUUCAGUCUUACAAAUGCACCUUAUUCUCACCUGUCUGAAACAGACAGGCCUUGUAAUAUCUCUAAUUUAGCACCUUACUACACAGCAUGAUUUCACUUUAUGCCAGUUUUGCUAUACUUCCAUGCAUAUGAUUUGAAAGAAAAAAAUAAAACCUUAUAUAUUUUGUGAAAAUAUUUAAAGGGAUGUGCCAAAGUUUGGAGGCGAUCUCCCUUGUUUGUAUGUUUAUUAUUACUUUUUUCUUUUCCUUCUGCUUCAGUUAUUUCAAUGGUAUCUCAUGUAACCUUUCUUACAAAUGUGUUUAGAAAAAAAAAAAUUAUUUCAGCAAACAGUAUCAUUACUUGCCAUUUUACAGUAAGCCCUGUAUUUUCACGUAUAUUUACCAGUGAUGUGUAUUUGUUAUUAAACAGAAAAUAGCCGUAAAAGCUUCAUUAUGUUACAUAAUAUUGUGACUUUUUUCGAAAAACUGUGAAGACUUGCAUAUACUUUAUACAGAAGUAUUAAGCCUUAAUGCAAAAGACUAAAAAAAAGAGUGGAAGAAUAACUGAUUGUUGCAAAGUAAGGAUGAUUUUUUUGUAAAUGUUACCAGCACCUUUUUUUGUAAUUUUCACUCUCUGAGGUAUUGUAAGUUCACUCUGUUUGUGAAGUUUGAAUAUGAAGGAAUAAAAAAUAGUACUUUCCUGUACAUUAAAGGAUG